UUCAUAACCUGGUAAAAAGAAUUUCUCUAGCCCUCCAUGUCAUUUGUUUGAGCUGGUAGGGCCCCCAUUCCUUCCAUUGUUAUGUAAGCUUUGGUCUCUGUCAGACUCCACACUGGCCAUAACCACACCCACUACAGGGUGCCUGUUAUAAUGCUUAAAGCCACAUUACUCACUGGGAUUUUGUGAAAGGACACAGAACAAGGCCCUAACAUGUCUCUGGAACAAAUGUCCUCAUAUUCCUUGCAUUUGUGUUUUUCUCUGCUACUUCUGUUUAAAGCGCAACAGCAGGGUCUUGCCGCUCGUCCGUUACUUGUGUUUCUUCUCGAUGGUUUUCGCUAUGACUACAUUGACAACCUACACGAACUGCCAGGAUUUCGCGAGGUUGUAGACAGAGGAGUGAAGGCGGACUACAUGACUCCAGAUUUCCCAAGUCUGUCAUACCCAAAUUACUACUCUUUAAUGACAGGUCGUCACUGUGAGACCCAUCAGAUGACUGGAAAUUACAUGUGGGAUGAAGUGUCAAACAAGGAGUUUCUUAUUGGAACCAAUCCUGACAGUCGGUUAUCUCUUUGGUGGAAUGGAUCAGAACCUCUCUGGGUCACCCUCCAAAACGUGGGAAAGAAUGUUUUUAUGUACUUCUGGCCUGGCUGUGAAGUGGAAAUUCUGAAUGUUCGCCCAGCAUUCUGUAAGGAAUACAUUUACAAUCCAUCAGAAGACAAUCUCAUACAGUCGAUAACCAGUGCGCUUGCUGCUUUGAGUUCAGGCCAAGCAGACAUGGCAGCUGUUUACUAUGAGAAAAUAGAUGUGGAAGGGCAUCACUUUGGUCCAGAGUCCCCUCAGGUCAGAACAGCUGUGCAAAAGCUGGAUCUCAUCAUACAGAUACUCAACCAAAAAAUCAAGGAAAGCAACAUGGUGAACAAGCUAAAUGUGCUGUUAUUUUCAGACCAUGGUAUGGCAAAGAUCCAGUGGAUGGAGAAGGUGAUAGAGCUGGACAAAUUUAUAGACAUGUCAGAUGUUUUGAAGAUAAUGGAUAGAGGACCAGUGGUCAGUCUGUGGCCUAAAAAUACCACAUACCAAAAGGUCUAUGCUGCCUUGAGCCAGGUACAUAACAUGCGUGUUUAUGCCAGGCAGGAAAUCCCUGAACGGUUCCAUUACAGAAAAGGGAACUUUGUUUCCCCUCUUACACUGGUUGCUGAACCAGGCUGGUUUAUCACUAAGAACAAGAAAACAUUACCUUAUUGGAAAAAUGACUCAAGGGAGCCCUCAGCAUGGCAAAAUGGCUGGCAUGGUUAUGAUAAUGAGUUCGUUGACAUGAGAGGCUUUUUCUUGGCAGUAGGACCAGACUUCAAGCAAAAUGUUCGAGGAGGUUCAAUAAGAGCAGUGGAUGUUUACAACGUCAUGUGCUGGAUACUAGGUGUGGAUCCUUUGCCUAAUAACGGAUCCUGGUCUCGAGUGGAGUAUCUACUAAAUGGCUUUGAAAGUCCAUUCCAGUCUGAUACACUUUGCAAUAUUGUUCUUUUAGGAGUACUUUUGUUAGUAUUUUACUAAAACAUUAAGUAUUUUGGAUCAGAUGAAAUGCUAAUUUGAUCUUUGAUAUAUAUGAUGGUAAUUAUCUGGUAUAGAUUUGAAUUGUAAGGAUGUGCUGUGGUACGCAGAUGUUAAUGAAACUGGGUCUAGGUGUAUCUAUGCCCAGGGGCCCCUGGUGAUGGUCCCUCUCUUUUGAUAAAAGUGCAACUUGCUGAGGGAAAUUAAACUACUUUGUGUCAUGUACAGUCAUAUUCAAUCAAUUAGAAAAUACAUUUCUAAGAGGCUUGGUUGUCAAAUUAAAAGUACCUUUUGGAAGAAAACAACUUUAAGUUGGUAUAAAACAUACUUUUCAUCAAGCCCCCAAUCCUGCAUGAAAAAUGCUGCUUUUUUAUUGGUCUGAUGCAAUAUUUUAAUCUUAAAUACUGUUUUUUAGGUGGAAAUCAUAAUGAACAGAAAUAAAGGCUUUAAAACAUCAUCAGUCUUUUAACCUAUAUAAUGUGCUGCCCUAGUGAAUUUAGUUACUGACAAAUGAAUUUUUCAAUAGCAUUCAAAUUUAUUUAAUAUGACUUGUGUAUAUUUUUGCCACUGUAGCAAAUAUUAAAAACCACUUAAAAUUUUACACCCCAUUUUUGAUUUUUUAUAUUAAAAUUGUAUGUUAUAAACAUCAUUUAACCCUACAAAACUAUUACAAAUGUAUUGACAUUAAUAUUAAUACUUGUAAUGAGUGUCUGUUAAUAUCUGACUAACUGUAAAGUUAACAUAUCUAUUCGCUUGUUUUCUUCCUUAU